GGGACGAGUGAGAAGGUUGCCAGUGCCAGGGAUGGUAACUCGUAACGGGGUGCGUUGUGCAGUACUCGGGUAAUAGCUGCCGGCGCACACUCUUAGCACUUAACAUAAGCAGUUGGACCUGAAGUUUUACUUUAUCCGUCUCCUUCCUUUUAUAAAUCCUUUAUCCUCAGCCCUCACUCCAGCACUUGAUUGCAACUUGUUUGGCACAAGCCCUAGAAAGCAUUAGCCAUGCCUGCCAGGGGUGGUAUGUUCUAUCCUAUGGUUCUGUCUCUGCCUCCACCAAUCCUUGAGGAACCCCAGGAACUGUGGAAUGGACAGUGUGCUGACUUGUCACAAAGAUGUUCCAGUGUCACCAGUUCAGAUUGUGAAUCUCUCAAUAGUAGCAGCAGCUCAUCCUCCGACUCUGACUGUGGCUUUGAUGACUUUGACAACAUUUCCAUACCAGACUCUGAGCUUCUCUGUGACCCAGAAGGUGAACAGCUGUGCCCCAGUCUCAUCAAGAUGAUAAAACGCAGCCUUACCAAAGCAAAAAUUAAAUCCCUGCGAUGUUCCCAGCUCCUCCUGCCUGAUGAUCUCCUCAUCCACUUGGGCCCUGAGCUGAUGCAUCUGGCUUACAGUGAGCCUUGUGGACUAAGGGGUGCACUUAUUGAUCUAUGUGUGGAGAAUGGCAAGGACUGCCACACUGUAGCACAACUAGAAGUUGAUCCAUGUGUAGUCCCUACUUUCCAACUGACAAUACUGUUCAAACUGGACUCCAGAUUAUGGCCUAGAAUUCAGGGCCUUUUCAGCACCAAGCCGGUCCCUGGGUCUGGACAGUCCUUGAAACUAAGCCCUGGGUUUAAGGUUCUUAAGAAGAAACUGUACAGUUCUGAAGAUCUUAUUGUUGAAGAAUGCUGAUCAUUCAUGAACUGAAAAAAUGAAACUAAAUGUCUGUAGUUUGGGGUCCUGAAAUCCAGUGAAGGCUUAGUGGGGUAGAGAACAAUGACUGUUUUUCUUUGGGUUUUGGGGUGGGUUUGUUUUAUUUCCUCCCUCUGAGGUUUUUGUGGGGUGGUUUUGGCUCGUUUCUUACUGUUUCCCCUCCCCCCUUGUUCUGGCUUUGCCCUCUUCAUUACCAGACACCUUCCAUUUUGUUUGUCUUUUCUGAUAGUUCAUGGGGGUUUCCAUUCCCACUGCCAAAUUUCAUGAGCAACAUUUGCUGUACUGUGACCCUUGCACUGGGUGCUGCAGUACUCUUAUGGCUGUGACUGUAAAUUGCCAGUGGUAUGCACACAAGUAUCGAAGUUUGACACCAUGCACUGGGAUUACUGCAAUUUUGUAUUUUGUUUUUUUAUGCUUUGGCAGCUGGUCUGCACUAACUGUGGUUUAGCUCUACCUCUCAUAGAGGAUGAAUAGUACUAACUGAGAACCCAACAAACCAAGGUACAACUUUCCUCUUGGGACCAAAUGUGUCUUGGGUUCCACUGUUUGCACCUCACUACUGAUUCAUUGGCAGCUAGAAGAGGUUCAUAUUGGUAGCUAUACUGCAGAUAACCUAUCUGGAAAGCACUAGAAUUCAUUCAUUUGUCUCUGUAUUCUGACAUGCUGCUUUUAAUAUGGUUUUAGAAUAAUAUUUAUAUACACUUGAUGUUCAAGUAAAAAUCCACACAAUGUGCCUUUUUUUACUUUUCUAAUAA